CAUCGUGCCACCGUUCGCCAACAUCAUCGGUCACGUGACCGCAGACUUUGCUACGUGUUCGGCGUGCGGGCCAAAAAUCUCGUUUCACCUAGCGAAGUACCGUAGUUUUCGGAGUUGGAAGUGCCACGAAGUGGAAGUACCUAACAGAAGUGUCGCUCGCGUGCCAGCCAAAAUUUGCCCCGAUCGACGCCCGAUUCUCGUAAAUAACCCAUCGAGAUGGGUAUAAAAUUCUUGGAAGUUAUCAAGCCCUUUUGCAGCAUUCUGCCGGAGAUAGCUAAACCCGAGAGGAAGAUCCAGUUCAGGGAAAAGGUGCUAUGGACGGCGAUAACGUUAUUUAUAUUUCUGGUGUGCUGCCAGAUACCUCUGUUCGGCAUCAUGAGCUCCGACUCUGCCGAUCCUUUCUAUUGGAUCCGCGUCAUUCUCGCGUCAAACAGAGGCACCCUCAUGGAACUCGGCAUAUCGCCCAUUGUAACGUCCGGGCUGAUCAUGCAGCUGUUGGCGGGCGCGAAAAUUAUAGAAGUCGGGGACACUCCGAAAGACCGGGCCUUGUUUAACGGUGCCCAAAAAUUGUUCGGCAUGGUCAUCACCGUCGGCCAGGCGAUAGUCUACGUGAUGACCGGCAUGUACGGCGACCCGGCCGAGAUCGGCGCCGGCGUCUGCCUCCUGAUCAUCAUUCAGCUCUUCGUCGCCGGCCUCAUCGUCCUCCUCCUCGACGAGCUGCUCCAAAAGGGCUACGGCCUCGGCAGCGGCAUCUCUCUCUUCAUCGCCACCAACAUAUGCGAGACGAUCAUUUGGAAGGCGUUCUCGCCCGCCACCGUCAACACCGGCCGCGGUACCGAGUUCGAGGGCGCCGUCAUCGCCCUGUUCCACCUGCUCACCACGCGUCAGGACAAGAUCCGUGCCCUCCGCGAGGCCUUCUACCGCCAAAACCUGCCCAACCUCAUGAACCUCCUCGCCACCGUCCUCGUCUUCGCCAUAGUCAUCUACUUCCAAGGGUUCCGGGUCGAUUUGCCCAUCAAAAGCGCCCGUUACCGCGGCCAAUACUCAAGCUACCCGAUCAAACUCUUCUACACGUCCAACAUCCCGAUCAUCCUCCAAUCCGCCCUCGUCUCCAACCUCUACGUCAUCUCGCAAAUGUUGGCGGUCAAAUUCCAGGGCAACAUCCUCAUCAAUUUGCUCGGGGUGUGGGCGGACGUGGGGGGCGGCGGCCCGGCCCGAUCUUACCCGAUCGGCGGUCUCUGUUACUACCUCUCGCCUCCCGAAAGCGUCAGUCAUAUAGUGGAGGACCCCGUCCACGCGAUCCUCUACAUUAUCUUCAUGCUCGGCUCGUGCGCGUUCUUUUCGAAGACGUGGAUCGAGGUGUCGGGCAGUUCGGCCAAGGACGUCGCCAAACAGCUCAAAGAGCAGCAGAUGGUGAUGCGCGGUCAUCGCGAUAACUCGAUGAUCCACGAGCUGAACCGAUAUAUCCCGACGGCGGCCGCGUUCGGGGGCCUGUGCAUCGGCGCUUUGUCCGUAUUGGCCGAUUUUUUGGGCGCGAUCGGAUCGGGCACCGGGAUCCUGCUCGCCGUCACCAUCAUCUAUCAGUACUUCGAGAUAUUCGUCAAGGAACAGAGCGAGAUGGGCGGGAUGGGGGCGCUGCUGUUUUAAGUGCGCGCGCGCGGUCGCGGUUGUUUCGAGCGUCGUUUCGUAUCGUUUCUCUAUUUCUGUUAGGGUUUGUUUUUUUCAUUUUUAUCGUCAUUUCCGUCGCGUGAUUGAUUUUGUAAAUGUAAUUUAUUCGAUUAAUAGA